CUUUCAGUGGUCUUAUGUUGUAAGCAUGUAAUACCAAUCUUUGGAUUCUUGGGAUGCAUCACUUGGGGAAUAAGUUUUUACGUAAGAGAAGCAAUUAAAACAGAUAUAACCAGCUGAUUUUUCUCAAACCAAACAUAAUAGUCAGGAUUAGGUAAACCAGUGGGUAACAUGGGAGAAGGUGCGGCAAUUGUGCCAUCUAUGUGGCCGAACAGAUGCUGACCAUAGAGAUAGGGUAGCGUCUGAGCAUGCCAGAUUAAGUAGUUGUCAUUAGUGAGUUUUACUGUAAUGAAAUGGGGAAUGUUGGAAGGGGUAUAGGAAGACAAACUUGUGUAUGAUGAUGAAGGUGCAAGAACACCAACAUCUGUGGAAGAUUGUUCUGCCAUCCUGACACUAUACAAUCAGCGGCUGCUCUGAUACCAUAGUGAAUCAUAUGCAGAAUAUAAAAAUGCAUAAAGCAAAAGAAGAAGACAAGCUUUAUCAGGGAAUCAACGAGUAUCGGAAGACCCUAAAGUUGACAACACUAACCAAAAAUGACAAUGCUGAGUGCCUUGCUGAUGAACUAGCUGACCAGUUUAAGAAUCAGCCCUGUACGAACGCCACAGGUGCCAACACAGUACCAGGAACUGAGCCCCAGUUUCCCAAUUAUCCAAACCUUUUGGCUAAAUGUCACUUGAAUGUUUCCGACACAAGGGAUGGAGCUGUGAUGCCUGCCUGCGUUCCUGGCCUGGAUCCGAGCCUUGUCCUCACAAAUUUCACAAAGUCGCUCUACUCCCAAAAUCUCAAUGACACAAAGUAUACCGGAAUUGGUAUUGGCUCUGAUAAUGACUGGAUUGUUGUUGUGCUGACCACUAGCACUGCAGAGGGAAGCUAUGCGCGGGCUACUUCUAAUGGUGCUGAUAUGAUUUCCAAGACCGGUUUAAUGUACUGUUCAAUGCUUUUGCUGGCACUUGGCAACAUUUUCAUGCUGUGAAUGUAGAAGAUUACUACUAGCAAGAGAGGGUCUUCCUUUUUUACAGACUACGAAGAAGACAAAUGUUUUUUGAAGAGAUAAAGAAAUCCCUUUGUAACUGCUGUUUCGGUAUUGAUUGAUUGCGGAAUGAUACAGAAGACAAAUACAAGAAAAAAACUAAUUCAUUCCCAUGGUUGUUAAAUCUUAUUGUCGUCGUCAUCAACAUUCUUGAGGGUAUAGUGUGGAAUUCCAAAUGUCAUGUGAACUGGAAGCAAUAAAUUUUAUUUGUGGCCACUUCGGGUAUUUAGUUUCCUUAUGUAAUUUCUGAUGCUUAGCCUGA